CUUUGGCAAAUUUUACAGAGGGAGGAAAUGGCAACCUCCUUGGACCAGGAAAUCCCUCAGUACAAUCCCCCUGCAAACCAGAAAGACCCUGAGGAUGAAGUGGAUGAUAAUCCAAUAGAGGAGGUAAGACUGACCGUUUCGAUCGCCGACGAUCCGACGGAAUCGGCAUUGACGUUUAGAACAUGGGUCAUCGGCCUGGUGUCGUGCGUGAUUCUUGCUUUUGCAAACAGAUUUUUAAAUUAUCGAACCAAUCCGCUUGGAAUUUCUUCAGUUACCAUUCAAAUUGUUGGUCUUCCAAUCGGAAAAUUCAUGGCGGCAACACUUCCGACGAAGAAAUUUCGUUGUCCUUUUACGAAGAAGACAUUUUCUCUGAAUCCUGGACCCUUCACUUUAAAAGAACAUGUACUCAUCACCAUAUUUGCUAGUUGUGGUUCGCUCGGUGUAUAUGCCGUCCAUAUUAUCUCAAUCGUCAGGGUCUUCUAUCAUCGCGGACUGAAUGCAAUUGCAGCUUUGUUGCUUGCACAAACUACUCAGCUGCUAGGUUAUGGAUGGGCGGGUGUAUUCAGGACAUACCUUGUUGACUCACCUUAUAUGUGGUGGCCAGCAAACUUGGUGCAGGUUUCUCUGUUCAGGGCAUUGCAUGAGAAAGAGGAGAGACCUAAGGGAGGACAAACCAGACUGCAAUUCUUUCUUAUUGUGUUCAUAGCAAGUUUUGCUUAUUACGUGAUUCCAGCUUACUUCUUUCAAGCCAUAUCGGCACUUUCUGUUAUUUGCUGGAUAUGGAAGAAGAACAUCACAAUGCAACAAAUUGGUUCCGGAGUCAAUGGUCUAGGUCUUUUCUCGUUUGGUCUGGACUGGGCUUCAAUUGCCGGCUACCUCGGUAGCCCUCUUGCUACGCCUUUCUUUGUAAUUGCCAAUGUAAUGAUUGGGUUUUUCGUCUUCGUCUACAUUCUCGUCCCCAUUGCUUAUUGGAACAACAUGUACGAAGCCAAGCGAUUUCCCAUCUAUUCAUCAAAAACAUAUGACAUUGAUGGUCACAGAUAUAAUAUAACCCGAGUUCUCAAUGAAACCAGUUUUGAUCUUGAUCUAGUCGGCUAUGAAAAUUAUAGCAAACUCUACCUCAGUAUUAUAUUUGCCUUCGUUUAUGGAUUGAGUUUCGCCACUCUGACAUCAACUAUUUCCCAUGUUGCACUUUUUGAUGGAAAAAUGAUUUGGAGUACAUGGAAAAAAACAUCAACCACAGCAAAGAACAAAUUCAACGAUGUGCACACAAGACUGAUGAAGAAGAACUAUCCAACCGUUCCCAUGUGGUGGUUUCAUUCAGUUUUAAUCUUGUCCGUAGGCCUUGCUAUCUUUGCUUGUGAAGGUUUUGGCAAGCAGUUGCAGCUUCCAUGGUGGGGAGUUCUACUAUCUUGUGCCAUUGCUUUUUUCUUCACCCUGCCUAUAGGGAUAAUUCAAGCCACAACAAACAUGCAACCAGGGUUAAAUGUGAUCACAGAGUUGAUCAUUGGGUAUAUGUACCCAGGGAAGCCUCUCGCCAACGUGACUUUCAAGACCUAUGGCUAUAUCAGUAUGUCACAGGCACUUAAUUUUAUUCAGGACUUCAAAUUGGGACACUACAUGAAGAUCCCUCCAAGAUCCAUGUUCAUUGUCCAGUUAGUUGGAACCCUUGUUGGAACCACCAUCCACUUUUGCACCGCAUGGUGGCUUCUUUCAACUGUAGAGAACAUAUGCGAUACAUCUUUGUUACCCCCAGACAGUCCAUGGACAUGCCCCAACGAUGCGGUUUUCUACAGUGCCUCAGUCAUCUGGGGUGUCAUUGGUCCUGCCAAAAUGUUCACAAAGCAAGGCAUCUACCCGGAAAUGAACUGGUUCUUCCUUAUUGGCCUUCUUGCUCCUGUUCCCUUUUGGUGGCUGUCACGCAAAUAUCCUGAGAAAAAAUGGAUCAAAUCCAUCCAUAUGCCCAUGCUCUUAGGAGCUACAAUUAGCAUGCCACCAGCUAGAGCAGUGCACUAUUGGUCUUGGGGAAUUGUGGGAAUACUCUUCAACUAUUAUAUCUUCAGAAGGUACAAGGGAUGGUGGGCUAGGCACAACUAUAUUUUAUCUGCUGCUCUUGAUGCUGGUGUUGCCUUCUUGGGAAUCCUCAUCUUCUUUGCCCUCCAAAAUACCAGUUUCCCAGAGUGGUGGGGUAUGUCCUACACUGACCACUGUGACUUGGCAGCAUGUCCUACUGCACCUGGGUCUACAUGUGGCAAAUGAUAAAUGAUCUGCUUCAUCAAGAUGCUAAAGACAUUGGUUUUCUGUAAGAUGUAGCAUAUUCUGCGCAGGGAUUUCAGAUUUCAUUAUCGAAGCAUUGUACCUGUCAAUAAAAUAAUGGAGAAGACUGAUUACGAUUACACAACAGCAUAAUCUAAUAGCUUCGCCUAUGAAGAUGUACGGUUGUAAUUUGUAGGACAGGUUUCUUAUGAAAUUAUCUAAUCAAUGUCAAAAUGGAUAACGUCAGUUUGUUUCAAGGUGACCAGGAAUUUUCAGAUACAUGUAUUUCAAAUUGAUUGUUUGGUAGUAAAA